AUGUCAAAACGCUUAAUCCUCUUUCUUCUUUGUUCCAUCACCAUCAAUGUCGUCAAUGCCAGUGGCCUCGAUGAUUUCUCCAAUAACCUGGCAUCAGACCUUGGCCCUCUUCUUUCGCUGCUGGGAGAAGCCACCACUAUCCAAUAUCUCAGCGAAAGUACGGAAUCCAUUGAUUAUUUCAUCUUUGCUAUGGCCCCUAUCGGCAUUAUCAGCACAAUCACGGCUGUUAUUCGCUUAUAUGGAAACUCCUCCCUCAGAGCAUUUAUCGGAAAGGCGAAAGAAAGACAAAUUACAGCGGAGGCGGAGCUCUGCACAUCCACAAGUGAAGACGUUUGCGAAUUAUUCGACAAAGGCGGCAUCACUCGAGUCUUUGGACGGUCGGAUAUUAUAGAGCUUGUUUACAUACCCACAGAGCUUAAUGCAGAACCGAGAUUCCAUCUGUUCACGCAAUAUUUAAAAAAUGAUGCAGGAAACACUCGCUGGUCCGAAAUCUCAAAGAGAAAGAGACACGCUGGUUCCGAUAGCGCUAAGUCGGAUUCUAAAUAUGUGGAGUUUGCGCCAAAGCCGAAUAUCUCUCUUAAUUUAGGGCUUAAACGACAGUCAACGGUGGUUCUCUACAUCGUAGCCGCUAUUGGUCUUAUGCUACAGUCAGGUAUCAUUAUCUUUGCUGGUAUUGGUCCCUGGAUCCAUGGUUGGAACGCUCAAAAGCUUAGCAGCGAAGCCGCUCAAGAUUACGCACCGGGAAUCUUCAUUGCUGGCACAGUCGCUUUAUGCUUGGGUAUAUGGAGUUGUGCUGUACUAGUUGGGCAAACAUCUGAUGGAAGGACAUUUAAACGAAGAGACGAUUCUUCGAGAAUUUACUGGGUGCAGCUAGGGCGACAGGUCAUUGGAGACCAAACGUUCCACGCCUUCAUACACUCAGAUGAAAGAGAACCGCUCACAACCUGGACUUCGUGGACAAAAUUACCCCAGAAAAAAGAUUUUGCAAUCUACAUCGCCAUUUCAUUGGUCAUUCUAGGCUACAUCGCCCAAUUUAUUGGUCUUCGCGGACUGAACGCGUGGGUUUCUAUUGCUCAGCUGGCUAUUACCCUUGUUAUGAGCAUCUUGCGGGGUGCUUUGAGAAUGCACCGGCUGGAUAUGGGCGUCAAUCUUUUACAAUCUUCUUUCGGGAAUGACAAUGAUUCGGCCGAAUUGGAUGAAUGGGUUGCUGGCCAUGAGCUUGAUUGGUUGGCUGUUGAGGUUUCCGGGAAGAGGGCCUCUAAGAAGGAGACAUCGAUUCAAGAGACACCUAAGGAAGGGAUUCGUCUCUCCCAUUUGACCGGUCAUUGUUCUAUUAACAAAAUAAAAGCGGAUGAUUAUCAGCUUUGGGAAGAUGAUCGAGUUAAAGUCCGCCUUGAAGCCAAGGAUCUGAGUGCAGCAAUAUCUCACGCAGCGGCAACUCUUUUGCCCGAUUCUACAAUCAAGGAGACCAUUGAUUUGAAAACUGAAGAAGCUGCUCUUGCCCAAUUUCUGGAAACUAUUUCCAUCAAAAUGAUGCCACCAAAUGGCUUAGAUCAUGUCAACUGGACAACCGACUCAUCACAGCUGGAAGCAGUUCUGGGGCUUUGGUAUUGGUCUAUGACGUCCAAGAAAGACAGGCAUGAUGAGAGUGUUUCCUCUCUCAUCGUGAAACGCAAGAAAAGGGUGUUCAAGAUAAUAUCCGCUUGUUACGGAAGCCAAAAGUUGGGUAACUCCAUCGAGGCAUAUAUGAGCCUAUGGCAAGGGUCUAGCCACCUCAAAUAUGAAAGGUUUUCGCUGAAGAUAAACAAGAAAAACAAAUAUAGUCUCGCAGACUUUUGGCUUCCCGUCGGAGAUCAGAACGGGACUGUUAAGAAAGUUCGAAGAAUAGAUGAGAACUCAAUCUCUAAUUAUUUUCAAAAAUCACACAGAAUUUGCGGGUGGAAUGUAGUAUACGACCUACUACAACGAGAUGACACCUUCAAAGAGGACGAUAUCAAGAUUCAAGGGUUUUGGAUAAAAGCUAAUGAAGAUCCAUUGCUUGAUAUGUGCGUCCAAGAACUAUAUACUACUCUUUUGCACUCUAUGAAAUAUCUGGGCUUUCGGGAGAUAGAAAAUAGAAAUAUGUCGACCCGUGAAGCGGGAUGGAACCUUCAGAUAGAAGAUUCGGCUAUUACAGCCCUUGCAGACUUCUUCAAAGACAACGAGUUGGGGACAUAUGCCGACGCAAUUUCUUGUCUUGUGCCUUUUUUACUAUCAAUUCUGGUACAAGCAGCAAAGGAAUAUCGGCUAAAUGGAGAAUUGAGAAUGGCGGAAAGAGUUCUACGCUGGGCGUGUGAAUACAAAUAUGAAAAAUACACUCAAGAAAAUAAACACAUAGCUCUACAGGAGCUCGGAGGUUUCGAAGCAAAUGGUAUCGAGCGGAUGGUAUCCGAGUUUAAAUCCAACGAGAUUUCGACGCGUUAUAACGAUAUCGCCCAGAAGUUCAUGACAGAUAAUGGUAUUUAUCAACGACCGGCAAGCAAAAUUAGUGAAGCAAUCAACCAGCACAACAAGGCCGAUGCGCUUUCUCAUCUUUGCUUCACAAAGCCAGGAGACUUCAACUCUGAGAAGCUUAGGAAAUGCCUUCCUCUCGCUGCCCGCAAUGGGUGGUCUGAAGUCGUUACUAAUCUUUUAGAGAUGGGGGCGAAGCCUGAUUUUCAAGAUGAAGAUGGAAGAACUGCAGCAUCUUAUUUUGCCGAAUUAGGUCAAGAACAGCCCUUGCAGCAGCUUAUUGAUAAAGGUGCGGAUAUUGAUAUGGCUGACAACACAGAACUCACGCCACUUAUAUACGCUAUUAAGAAAGAAAAGACAAAUAUUGUGAAAAAGUUGCUGAACUCUACCUGGAUUGACCGUAGCAAACGGAUGGCUGGCGGAAGAAGCGCCCUGUGGUUUGCAAUUGAACGGAACAGUAUCAAAAUUAUGGAGGAACUGCUUGGCAACGGAGAUGAUAUUAAUCAAGAAGAUAACUACCGCGUUUCACCGCUGUUUUUAGGCUGCCCAAAAAGGGCCAUAAAGAGGCAGUGCGCCUUCCUAUAA